GUAUAAUCGGCAAGAGCUAAGACACUCCUAGGGCCAGUAAUACCCAGCAGGCUAAGCACGAGGCUGGAUGCCCCAAUACGAACAUCCAACCUAUAAACAGACCCAACCCCUCAACCCAAGCACUCUCAAGUCUACCAUCAUGCUCGACAUCCUAAAAACCACCACUCCCCCGGGCGAUUUAAGCAUCUCCCUCGCCGCCCCACCAAACUGGACCUUCGCCCCCGGCGACACCAUCAUCGGCAACAUAGUCCGCAAAACACACCUCGUGACCCCGGACGCCAGCCUAAAGCUAUCCCUCAGAGGCCAGACGGUGACAAAAUUCGAGGAGUCCCACGGUAAUUCGAAGCGCGAGUACGGGACAACAUGGAAUCUGUGGCCGGUGACGUGGGAUGAGGCUUUCCGAGGCCCGUUGCAUAUACCAGAGGGCGCGGACGUGGACAAGUACCUGACAUGUCCGUUUGAAGUGACUAUCCCGGGGAGGCCCUCAGCAUCUGCUAUAAAACGCCAUGUUGCAGCAGAGAGCUAUCUCUCCUUAGAUGAUGGCAGCGUCGCGCGACAUACCUUACCGGGGAGUUUCUCAUGCUCUAGAUAUCUCGGGAGCGGCACGGAAUGUCAUGGGUCCAUCGAGUACUAUCUCGAAGCCGUGCUGCGGCAUACGCGCGGCGGGUCGUUCGUCAACUGUAGGGCUACCUGCCGAGUAGUAAUACGGCAUACACCCAGCGAGCCUCCGCUGCUGUACUACGCAACCAAGCGCUGGCUCAGCACGUCACUAACCGUUCAGAGCCAACGACUCGAGCCGGGCAGGGAAGACGCGCGCUUGUCCUUCCGGCAGAAAACGCAGAAGUUCUUUGGCUCGUCCCGCGUGCCCAAGUUUAUGUAUAGACUUGAGGUCUGCAUGCCCACGGCGGUGCAGCUGGAUAAUCCCCUCCCGAUACCUUUCACUGUGAAAGUCGUCCCCGAGCUUGGGCCCAACAAGACGAGCGAGAGUAUCCGAGGUACCCUGCAGAGUGUCCAGAUACAAAUACACUCCCUCAAACUAACCAUAACCGCCAAAACCGAUCUCCGCGCCCCAGGAACCUUCAAUGCAAGCAAAGCCCACUUCGACCAAAACACCGCCCACCACAUCGCACUCCUCACCUGCAACCCCCCACUACUCCUUCCAGUCUCCGUCGGGCCCGACGAAGGCCAAACUGAACCAAUCGAUAUAGGAAAACUCUUCGAAAUCAGCCUACGAACCGAUGGUCUGCAGUGGACAGGUCGGCGACGCUCACUUUGGCGGACUAUAUUCAAUGACCGGUCUGUGUAUCCGGAUUUCGUGUCGUAUUUGAUUAAGCAUGGGCAUUGGAUUUGUUGGGAGAUUGGGCUGGGGGUUGCGGGGGAGAGGAUGAAGGUUAAGGGGAAGGCGGGGGUGAGGGUUUUGACGGCGGAUUGAGGGGUUGUUUUGGGCUUUGGGGUGUUGGUUUGUGCUUAUUGAUAUGAUUUCAUGCGUACUUGAAAUACUGUUCAUCCAACAAGUGUGACGUCUGGAUUGGUAGGGCUAGUAUUUGCAUCCACGGCACCUGAAAUAGAUACCCACACGUCCAAAGUCAUCUUCUCCAUUAAAAGAGUAAGCACACCAAACUCCUUCAAGUUCUAUCCUAGUGACAAUCCAUUGAAGAGUGUUACAUAUGAAGUCUUCACAUGUUUCUGUGGAGUACCCC